AAGAUGUCUCUGAAACAGACUUCAAUUUUUCUAUUGAUACAGCUCGUAUGCUGCUUUAGAAAUGGAGCCUGUGGAAAAGUGCUAGUGUGGCCCACAGAAUACAGCCAUUGGAUGAAUAUCAAGAUAAUUCUGGAUGAACUUGUGCAGAGAGGUCAUGAAGUCACCGUUCUUGUAUCUUCUGCUUCUAUUCUCAUUGGGCCCAGCAAUGAAUCUUCUAUUAAUUUUGAGAUUUACUCUGCACCUUUGAGUAAAGAUGAUCUUGAAUAUAGUUUUGGAAAAUGGGUAGAUGAAUGGACAUACAAUUUUCAAAAACAUUCAUUCUGGACAUAUUAUUCAAAACUGCAAAGAGUCGCUACUGAAUAUUCAGAUAUGGCUGAAAGUUUGUGCAAAGCAGUAGUUUGGAAUAAGAGUCUUAUGAAAAAACUCCAAGGAUCUAAAUUUGAUGUCGUUCUCGCAGAUGCCGUGAGUCCCUGUGGUGAGCUGCUAGCAGAACUGUUUAAGACACCUUUGGUGUACAGUCUUCGCUUCUGUCCUGGAUACAGAUGUGAAAAGUACAGCGGGGGGCUUUCACUCCCCCCUUCUUAUGUGCCUUUGGUUCUGUCAGAAUUAAGUGACCACAUGACAUUUGUGGAAAGGGUGAAGAAUAUGUUGCAGGUGCUGUAUUUUGACUUUUGGUUCCAAUCAUAUAAUGAGUCCUGGAGCCAGUUUUACAGUGAUGUUCUAGGGAGACCCACUACAUUAACUGAGAUGAUGGGGAAGGCAGACAUAUGGCUCAUUCGAACCUUCUGGGACUUGCAAUUUCCUCACCCUUUCUUGCCUAAUUUUGACUUUGUUGGAGGACUUCAUUGCAAACCAGCCAAACCACUGCCUAAGGAAAUGGAAGAAUUUGUUCAGAGCUCUGGAGAACAUGGUGUGGUGGUGUUUUCUCUGGGAUCAAUGGUUAAAAACAUGACAGAGGAAAAGGCCAAUGUAGUUGCUUCUGCUCUUGCCCAGAUUCCACAGAAGGUUCUGUGGAGAUUUGAUGGUAAGAAACCAGACACCUUAGGAUCCAACACUCGGCUGUACAAGUGGAUCCCCCAAAAUGACCUUCUUGGUCAUCCAAAAACCAAAGCUUUUAUAGCUCAUGGUGGGAUCAAUGGCGUCUAUGAGGCGAUCUAUCAUGGCAUUCCUAUUGUUGGUAUUCCCUUGUUUGCGGAUCAACCUGAUAAUAUUAACCACAUGGUAGCCAAGGGAGCAGCUGUUAGAGUGGACUUCAACACACUGUCAGCUACAGACCUUCUUACUGCUUUGAAGACUGUCAUUAAUGACCCUUUCUAUAAAGAGAAUGCCAUGAGAUUAUCCAGAAUCCACCAUGACCAGCCAAUGAAGCCCCUGGACCGAGCUAUCUUCUGGAUCGAGUAUGUCAUGCGCAACAAAGGAGCCAAGCACCUUCGCCCAGCUCUGCAUGACCUUAGCUGGUUCCAGUACCACUCUCUGGAUGUGAUUGCAUUCCUCUUGGUCUGUGUGGUAGCUGUGGUAUUCAUCAUCACAAAAUGUUGCCUCUUUUGUUGCCAUAAGACUGCUAACAUGGGAAAGAAGAAAAAAGAGUAGUUUCAUGAAGGCUGAGGUAGAGUCCUGAGAGAUGAGCCUCUGCCAGCUGCUUCCACUGAGAACCUGUUGUCAGUCAAGGUGCCUUCCCUCUGAAACAACACAGUGUCAGGACUUCAUUGAAUAUGGCUCUCAUGGAUUCACUCUGUUUUGGAGACAUGCAAGAUUUCAUGCCAGAUAUAUACUCUAAAAGCAAAAUUAAGUGUUCAGUUUAGAAUGUUUUGAUGUAACUGAGGAGCAAAGCCCAACAACAAUCGCUGAGCUGACUCUGGUUCACAAAGUUUGUAUUGGCAUAAAGCCUUUGAAAAAUCUCUCAAUAUCAGUCACUUUUUACAAAUGCCCAGCAUGCUUUGUCUUCAUUUAGUAGACUAUUUUUUCCUUCUUUUAUCUUUCCUUUCUUUUAUUGUUCAUAAAUAAUAGAUUUCAGGCACUGUGCUUUUGAAAUAGACUCAGGUUUCCAUCUAUAUAAGGAAAGCCAUUGUUUCUGGUUAUCUUUGGAUACACCAAAUUUCCAUCAAAUAUUCCCUAAAGGACCUGUGAUUGAGGCUACCCGCCUUUACUCAGAAGCAUUUUUCAAACAAUAAUUUUCAAACAUUUAUUCUUACUGCUCCUGACAUAAAUUGCAGUACUUGGGAAUUCUAUGACUUGUCAAGAUUAUUAAUUUACUUUCCAUCUUAUCUCUAACUCACAACUUACCUGAAGACUGUCAUUCUCCUUCUGCCUUUUGGAGUAGACUCAAGCUGCCAAUGUUCCAUUUUUUCUCACUUAAAAGUACACAUCCAAGAGAAGAUCAGAUUUUUUUAAGUCCCAACAUCACCUAGCUCGUGUUAUAUUUCUUAUCUGAAACACAGAGUCACAAUCUGUUUUGCUGAUUUUGUUUGAUUCAUUUAUACAGAAUUACUUACCUUGGUUCAGUAAAAUAUUAAAAUAUU